AUGAUCGUUCGUGCCUUUUUCCCCUGCGUUCUCAUUUUCAUUUCAACCGAGAUAUUCACUUGCUACAAAGGGGAAACCAAAAGGCGCAGAGGAAUUAGAAAUAGGGUUGCCAACAACCGAACAAGCGGCAGUGACGGUAUAGCCAAUUAUGCCGAUAUCGAAAGGAACGUAAAAUGCAGAAUUGGGGUGGAAGUCCACGUGCAGCUGAGCACAAAAUGUAAAGCCUUCUGUAACUGCUUUAAUGUCGCUUCUUCACAUAACGAUAAAACAUACGAGAGGAAUUAUAUAGAUUUGUGCAAUUUCUUAAAGGACAACAUUUUGAAGACAGGAAAUGAGGCAGCAGACUCGAAUUGGCUAGGAGAGGGAACACCUCCGAGGAAGGAUCUAGGGGGGGGAAUUUCCGCAGAGACGAAGAGGUGUAUUAGUGAAGACCCUAAGUAUGCCAUUAGUAGGCCAAACAAACAUAUAUGCAACAGGUGUGUAGGCGAGGUGGGCUCCCUAAGCUUACUGAACAGCACAGCUGUCUUGUUCACAUACCUAAUUAGCAUUAUUCUUAAUUGCAACCUAAACAAUGUUAUCACUUUUGACAGAAAAAUUUAUAAUUAUUAUGACUUGCCCAAAGGUUAUCAGAUUACGCAAAAGGAAACGCCGAUUGGUUUCGAUGGUAACAUUUCUGUGGAGGGAAAGAGGUUUCGCAUAAAGAGCGUUCACCUAGAGGAAGACACGAGCAAGUGUUUCUUUCUUCCGCGAAGUGUGAAUAUGCUGAAUUGGGGGGGUACUACUACUCCCCACGAAAGUAGCAGCGAUGGGAAAGGAACUGCAUUUAGGGGGGGCAGUGACAUUUUGAACCUUAACAAUGGUAGUGGCGCAGGGGAGAAAGAGAAUGGGGACAUAAAUGGUGAAUGCUCCACCAGGGACGGUGACGAACUGGUCUCUCACAGUUGUAACCCAAAAGACUACCCAUCAAACGGUGCUAACGAAGCAAAUCACCCAUCAAACAGUCUUAACGAAGCAAACCACCCAUCAAGCAGUCCUAACGAAGCAAACUACCCAUCAAACAGUCUUAACGAAGCAAACCACCCAUCAAGCAGUCCUAACGAAGCAAACUACCCAUCAAGCAGUCCUAACGAAGCAAACUACCCAUCAAACAGUUCAAACGAAGCAAAUCACCCAUCAAACAGUCCUAACGAAGUAAACCACCUGAACAAGAAAAUACUACUAGAUUAUAACCGCUGCGGAAUCCCCCUAGUCGAAGUCGUGGUCGAAGAUGACUACAUGAACGCAGAAGAGUGCAUUAACCUACUGAAGGAGAUAAAAAAUAAAGUGUGCCUACUGGGGGUAUGCGUGGGGAACAAGGAAAAUAUCAGAUCGGACAUUAACAUAUCUUUUGAAUACGAUAACGUGAAGUACAGCCGAGUUGAAAUCAAAAAUGUUAACAGCUUCAGAAAAAUUAAGAGUUGCAUAGAGCAGGAGAAGCAAAAUUUUAUUAAUCAAAUUCUCACAAAGGGAACAGAAAAAAGCUACCACUCCAAGUCGAACGAAAUGUAUACAAAAAGCUACCUAGACAGUACGCACUACGUUGUCAGGAAAAAGGAAGUAUACAAUUAUGUGCACGAAAGGAACAUCCCCCAAUAUAAGCUUAGCAAACAUGUUAUAAAGCUGCUAAAAUUUUAUGUUAAUUAUAAAAUAAAAAUAUACGAGGAUGAAGUGAAGUACAAGUGGUCCAAGCAAUAUUUUUAUGUCUUCCUGAAUGAUCCCUUUUUGUAUAACUAUUUUAAUGAAUUUGAGGAAGAAUAAAUGCUUUCCAAAAAUAUCUUAAUAAAACCGAAAAACUUUUGCUUCCUCAUUAACUAUGCUAUUAAGAACAACUUAGACAACACCUCUUUGAAGGCGUUCCUCUUUAACUAUGUGGAUGUAGGAUUCGAAAAUGAGCUCCUCCUCGAAGCGUUUAAAAACGUGAACGUUGUAGAAAUGGAGCAGACUUUGAAAAAACUGAUUGACGAUAAUAUCCAGCAUUUAAAAAUCGAUGGGGAAAAAACUGUCCUCAACGAGCAAAACUUUAAGAACAGAAUUAUAGGCCUUUUGAAGGGCCAAAUGAGUCAACGUGAUUCGCAGGUGCACGUCAACUACAAGUCGGUGAGCGCGUUCAUUGACGACUACUAUCACGUAGGGGCCAAAAUAAUGAUAACAGGGGGGUAG